GAGAAGUCAGAAGAGCAGCCAAACUCACUACAACGACCUGGGCUCUGAGCCUCCUGAUUCGUUGAUGGAAGAACGUGGAUGAUCAACCGCUGCCCCGCUUCACCCACUUGGAUUCUCAGACCUCCAUGUAAGUCUCACCAGAGCUGGAGCCUGAGUUUAUCACGAGAAAUUUCAAUUUGCGGCCCAAAGAACAGAUAUGGGUAGGUCUGAGUUACUGUGGACUGGGACGGCACUGGGUUUUCUGCUAUUCGUACCAGGAAUUCUGGGUUGGGGAAAGGAAGGCCACUAUGCAGUUUGUAAGAUAGCGGAGGGAUAUCUAACUGAGGAUGCUCUAACUGCUGUGAAAACGCUGCUUCCUGAGUCUGCUGGAGGUGAUUUUGCGGCCAUUUGCUCUUGGCCUGACGAGAUUCGACAUAACUUCCACUGGCGAUGGAGUAGUGCUUUACAUUAUGUUGACACACCAGAUUUUAGUUGUAACUACAAGUACUGCCGAGACUGUCAUGACUCUGCUGGACAUAAAGACAUAUGUGUAACGGGAGCAAUUAACAAUUAUACAAUGCAACUUUCAUCCUCUUAUCAAGAGGCCAACCUAAAAUUACAGUACAACUUGACAGAGGCACUUAUGUUCUUAUCACAUUUUAUUGGAGAUGUCCAUCAGCCCCUACAUGUUGGUUUCACUGAAGACAAAGGUGGGAACACAAUAAUUGUCCGAUGGUAUCGACGGAAGACAAAUCUCCACCAUGUUUGGGAUGACAUGAUCAUUGAUUCUGCUUUGAAGACGUUCUAUGGUUCAGAUCUUGAAAUCAUGAUACAAUCCAUUCAGAGGAAUAUUACGGAUGGUUGGUCGACUGAUUUAGCAUUAUGGGAAAACUGCUCAGAUAAUGACACAGUUUGUCCAGACCCGUAUGCAUCUGAGAGCAUUAGUUUGGCAUGCAAGUUUGCAUAUAGGAAUGCCACACCAGGAACCACUCUGGGAGAUGAUUAUUUUCUUUCACGGCUGCCUAUUGUGGAGAAGAGGCUAGCCCAAGGUGGGAUCAGACUAGCUGCUACUCUCAACCGUGUUUUCACUUCUCAAAUGAAAAUUGCUCAAGCAUGAUAUGGAUAAUGAUGCAUAUUUCCUGUAACUAGACCACCGGAAGCAAAUUAAUUAUCCUUCCACCUUCACUCAACUCUUCUAAUACAAGGCCAAAAAACUUCUGCUUUGUAAUUAAUUCUUGACUGCAUGAUGCUCUUUUGUGUGCCAGAAUAUCUCCAUCGUACUUGCAUUUAAGGUCCCAUUCGGGUACUUUAGAAAGGAGGGAACUAGAAACUUCUACUCAAUGAGUACCUCCUAUAAAUUAUGUAUGUCACUUGCACGUUUUGAUGGUUCUGAAUUCAUCUGUUUUGUGUUGUAAUAUUGGAGGAAAAAAAAGAUACUGUUUAUCCAAGGAUAUAUAUAUAAAAGAGAAUUGGCUAGCA